AUCGAUGUUUGCCGGUGGCGGACGGUGGGGUCUGGGCGCGAGCGGGAACGAGGCCGCAGUGACGUGUUGAGUUGGGGAGUGGAGGCCGCUGCGAGCGAGUGGCUGUUCAGAGAAAGAUUCCCUGAUGAAAUCGGAUCAUUCUUUAACUGAGCAGCAUUGUGCACUUGGCAAAAGGAAAGGCGUGUCAUCUCUCCCUGAAUUCUCAGCCCAGAAACAGUAUGUCAGAAGGGGACAGCAGUGGAGAUGCCAUUCAUGGAAAACCAUCAGCGAUUAGCAGAUUUUUUACACAGAUUGGACAGGUCUACCAGUCCUUUUUAGACAAGUCCACACCGUAUGGCAUUAUGCGAUGGAUUGUAACAUUUGUCUUUGGCGCAGUCUACAUGAUUCGAGUUUAUAUCCUGCAGGGAUGGUACAUUGUGACGUAUGCCUUGGGGAUUUACCACCUGAACCUCUUCAUUGCUUUCCUGUCCCCAAAGGUCGACCCUUCACUAAUGGAAGAUUCAGAUGAUGGACCUGCUUUACCAACGAAGCAAAACGAGGAGUUUAGACCCUUUAUAAGAAGGCUGCCAGAGUUCAAGUUCUGGCACUCUGCUACAAAAGGAAUAAUAGUAGCUAUGGUUUGCACGUUCUUUGAUGCCUUCAAUGUGCCCGUUUUCUGGCCAAUCUUGGUCAUGUACUUCAUUAUGCUCUUCUGCAUUACCAUGAAGAGGCAGAUUAAGCAUAUGAUCAAGUACAGAUAUUUACCGUUCACACAUGGGAAAAGGACAUACAAGGGGAAGGAGGAUUCUACGAAAGCGUUUGCCAGUUAGAGAAAGUGCUGCUUGGCACUCCUGGAUUAUCUUCUCCCCUUCCCCUUUACAUGUAAACAUUGGACAAUGAUCACAACAGUGACAUGACUUUAUUAUUAUCAUGUUUGCUCCAGGCCUUUCUGAAGGGUACAUUUUAGAAGGUGAUUUAGUUCUGAGAUUUUUUUUGGUGCAGAGACAUUGUCUUUAUAUGAUAUAUAUGCAGACAUUUUUCCUGACCAUUUUGAUUUAAUUUAUAGGUGACUUCAUUUAAAUUUCCCUUUAAUUGCAUUCCCCAUGCCAGUUGCUUCAACUGUACUUCCUCCUUUUUGUCUUUGGAAAAGAAUUAAAAUAUCAAACCGGUUCCAUACUUGGGUAAUUAGAUUAUUUGCUGAGUCCCCAAGUUAUUAAGGCUUUUGGCAAGAAACUGUUGCAGUAUUAAGAAACGACAAUGUCAAGUAGUUGGUAUUAGUUGGGAAAGGGAUGGCUUUUUACUGCAUUUUCAGGAUCUAAUAAAAUUUUGGAAGCUCAGCUUUUACAUUGAGGCCUCUUUGUGGGGGUUGGGGGAGCAAUUGAAGUUGUGAUGGGAGGGUUUUGGAGAAUGUAAGGAAAGAGGGUUGCAAGAAAAACUCAGGCUUGCAGCUUUUGAAACUAAAAUGUUCACUUUCAACAGCUGCAAAACCACACAGCUUGAAGAUGGGGAUGAGGCAUCCCUCUCCUCCCAUGUUUAAAUCCCAGAAUCACUUUAAGGACAUUGGCAUCUAUUUCCUGAGUACUAGCAUUGUGCUCUGAAUUCAUCAGGCUAGACACUAAUAACGGGAGAGAUAUCAAAUUUUGAUCAUAAAAUUUUUUAGUAUGAAAAUGAGAUGCUGAGCUUUGAACUUUGUUGUAACAAGGUACCAAGAAUUACAAGUAAGCACUUGAGAAUUU